UUCUGGACCGUCGAUAAUGGCGUUUGCUACGUGUAGCAAGUCGUGUAGCUUGUCUAGUGAUGAGGUAUUACUACUGUUGGAUAUGUUUGAAAGAGAUGAAGAAGCCAUUAUAUUAUCUCAUAUCUGUAAAGACAUACCUGUGACAAAAGCACGAAUAAAUUUAAAUCAAAUGACUGAUUCUGAUUGCUUGUUUCACUUUCGAUUUUCAAGAGACGAUUUGUUUCACCUCCAUUCUGCUUUACGCCUUCCAUCUGUAAUCAUUUGUGAAAAUGGAUCACGUUCAUUUGGAAUUGAUGCAUUAUGUAUUUUAUUACGAAGAUUAGCUUAUCCUAAUAGACUUGAUGAUAUUUCUGUUUUGUUGGGGAGAUCAAAAGAUGAACUUUCACGAUUUGUGCAUGAAACAGUAAAUAUCAUAUACAAUAGCCGUUCCAAAUUGUUAUUGAAUAUCAACGAGAUAAAACUAACGAGAGAAAAAUUAAAUUUAUUUAGCCAAAUAAUAACAGCAAAAGGUGCUCCUUUGACAAAUUGUUGGGGGUUCAUAGAUGGAACGGUACGUCCUAUUUGUCGACCAAUAAGACAUCAAAGGGUGGUAUUCAGUGGCCAUAAACGUAUACAUUGUUUGAAAUUUCAAUCAGUGGUUACACCCGAUGGUAUGAUUGCUAAUUUAUUUGGACCAAUAGAAGGAAGACGUCACGACAGUGGAAUGUUAAGAGAAUCUAAUUUGUUAGAGCAUUUGGCUGCGAUUCCUUGUUCUGAGAACGGGACUCAAUUUGUUUUAUAUGGAGAUUCUGGUUAUCCUUUGCGUCAACACCUCAUUACACCAUUCCGAGGUGCUAGCUUAACACCCGAGCAACAAGUAUUUAAUUCCAGGAUGAGUUCAGUAAGAGAGUGUGUGGAAUGGGUAUUUGGGAAAAUAAUUCAAAAAUUUGCUUUUCUAGAUUUAAAAAAAAAUUUGAAAUUGUUUCUUCAGCCUGUCGGUAAACUGUAUAUUGUUGGUGCACUACUUACAAAUUGUCACACUUGCUUAUACGGUAGUGCAACAUCAGAUUAUUUUAAUUGUUUACCCCCCAAAUUGGACGAAUACUUAGAAUGUAAUCAAUAAAUAAAUAAAGAAUUUUUUCAAUUUUAUAAUAAAAAUUUUUAUUCAAUUUUGUAACAAUUUUUCUUUAAUUUUUAUUCA